AUGGCCGAUAUCAUAGUCAAACACGAAGCUCUGGAUCUUCAUGAUCUAGAUAUAGAUCGAAAAAGAAAGUCAAAGUCUCCAGCGCUUGUCGAUACCAAGAAAGCUCGUUUCGAUCAUGAUGAGCAGGAGACCUCCGAGGACAUCGCCAAACAAUACAAGAAGUAUCAGAAUGCUCCCAAGUUCAAUCUAAAUUCUGAGGAACUCUUCUGUAUCUGCAGACGGCCAGAUCACGGUGGUGAACUUAUGAUCGGCUGCGAUGGCUGCGAGGAAUGGUUCCACUUUACGUGUAUGAAAAUGAGCCAAAGCUACCAACUGUUGAUCGAUAAAUUCUACUGCAAGUUUUGCCAAUGGCAAGGCAAGGGACGCACCCGUUAUAAUAAGGUCUGUCGACUUCCUGGUUGCAUGAAACCUAUACGAUCGGAUCAGAGGUCCAAGUACUGCCUGGAGGAGUGUGGACUCAAGUAUAUGAAGCGAUUCCUCGAGGAGCUGGAAUCCUUGAGCAAAGAGGGGAUGAAGUUCGCUUUGACGCACUGCAAAUCGAGAGAAGAACUUGCUAAGUUGGGCUCAACUUUCCCUGAACUUCCUGAAAUAGCUGAUAAGAAUGUUGAGAAGUUGCCUGAAGAAAUACAGAACCAGCUUCGAACAAUCGAACGGAAGAUGAAAGACAUCGAGAACGACAUUGAGUAUGUCACGGCACAACAAAAGUAUCUCGGCUUGCGUAAGGAUAUAAUCAAGCGCAUCAACGAGCAGCUCAAGGAGACAUCAGCCAACGAGGAAGAGGAGACUCAGGCGAAGAAAAAGAAAAAGAAGUCUAAGGGUGCAAGGUUUGACCUUUGCUGUUUUGACUCUUCUUUAUACGAUCAAAAACCUCUCGAAGUGUACACGUCAGCUGUGGAUAAAGCAGAAGAGACGUCUACUCAAGCUGUCAACGAUGUCGUCCAAAUGUAUAACAACCAAGAUGACGAGAACGCAACAAGUACAAUCUGUCUCAACGAUAGAAGGAAGUGUCUCAGGCACAACGGGUGGUGGAAUCUCAUCGCGGACGAACUCUGGAAGCGUUUGAGUGAGCUUCAAGAUUCGCUCGCAGUGUUGGAAAACGAAAAGCAAGAUACAGUGAGAGAGUACAGUAUUCAGGUCUACGAAAAAGAUUCCUGA